CUCUGCAUGGAAAAGCUUGGAGGUCAGAGUCUGAGAAGGACCUGUAGGACUUGUCCAGGAGGCCAGUGGCUCACACAACAGGAUGUCCAACAUGGAAAAGUCAUGGUCACCCUGCAUUGCUGUUGGUGCCAGAAAGAGACAUAGCUACCCCUUGGGAGAAAUUCUUCUCAUUGGAGAGGGACGGGGGAAAGCUCAACACAGUCACCUUUGUGGUGGUCACUGUGAUAGCAGAGAUGACCAGCGUCUCAUGGCGCCACCGGGAAGCAGCAACGCCAGGGAUGCUCUGCCAGCAAUAACAUGUAGACAUGCAGCACCCAUCAACAUCACUGAUUCACAGCUUUUACUAGCUGAUUGGAAAGGGAUGAAGAAAGGCUGCUUGAACCUGAGAAUCAUCAGCAAUAAUGCUCAUCAUUUUCAUCAGCUGUAGACCAGCUACUGCGCUAUUUGUGUCAGUGGGGAAGAACAGUCUCUCAAGAUGCUUCAUUUUCCUUCUGAGUGUCAUGGACAUGGGGCUGCAGUCACCCAAAGGCUCAACUGAGGCUGGAGGAUCCACUUCUAAGGUGCCUGGAAGACUGGUUCAUGGGUUAUUAUCAAGAAGACAAUUAUCAAGGAUGAAAAUUGUCAAGGAGAUGGUGCCAGUUUGGGAAACUCAGAAGGUAGCUGCUGAGGAAGUCAAAUCCCACACCCUGACGUGUGCUACUUCUUGUGGGCUCAGACAUGGAGCGAGGAGCCAGAGUCUCCAUGGGUCAAGGCAGUCCUGGACCCCAGAGAAGUGGCUGCUGUGACUGAUGACCGCAAAAGUGAAAGUGGCUUGAAACAACAGAAAUCUAUCAACUCACUGCCUGGCAGCCAGAAGUUUGAGAUCUAGGUGUCAGCAGCGCUGCACUCCUGUGGGGGAUUCUGUUUCCUGCCUCUCCCAGCUUCCCGUAGAUCCUGCCAUUCCUUGGGUGGUGGCCACAUUACUUCAAGCUUUUAUUUUUCACAUGAUCUCUUCUAUCUUCCUUUCUUCAGUUGUCAUUCAGUUUAGGGCCCACCCAGAAAACUCAGGGUGAUCUGAUUUUGAUCUUCAAACUGAAUUAUAUUCACAGAGACCUGUUCUCCAAAGAAAGUCACGAUUGCCGGGUUCUGGGUGGACAUUUUUCUAGAGGGUCACCAUUCAACCCACCAUGUAACUCUUUAUUUCCACACUCACACACACCCCCAAAUUGAGAAAGGGGUAGAAUGCUGGAUAGCCAAGCCAGGAGACCCUUUAUUUAUUUCUGUUGGUAAUCCCAGUGGACACGGGGAUUUGGAGAGGGUGUGCCUUACAUAAUGAGUCAUUCAGCUUGUGUGAGUCAGGCACAUGAACCUAUGCUGCCAAUAUUGUUUUGAUCUGAGUCCUGAGGGGUGUUUUUGGAGCUCAUGUGAGAAACACCUUAGAGGAAUAAACAUGGAGACAUGACAGAUCAUUCCCAAAACAUACUCUUUCCUGCCUUAAGACCUGAGCUGUCAGCUAUAUUAACACCUGGUGAUUGAAGGUUUCUCCCCCACUGAACUAAGACGACUGAAGGAUUUGAAGCUGAAACUUCUGAGAUGAUCUCAGUAGUAAAACGUCAGUGACCACAAGCCCUCCCAUAGGGAAAUAAACUCUGCUUUUGUGCAAAGCUA